UUUAUUAAUAAAACGAAAGUUCAUUAUGCGUAUAUAUAGAUCAACGUGAAACACUUGAAUUUGGAACGAUACAAAUAAGCGAAAAAUCCUCUUUUUUCAUACCACCGAACAGUAUAUUUUCAACGUUAUUCACGUUUGCAAUUACAUUCAUUUCAAGUCAAUGCUGAGAACGAUGCAAAAACUUUCAAUAUUAAUCAAUUGAAAAGUUUUUUUCUUUUUUUACAUUCAAGCCAUUUUAUACUCUUUAUUCCUAUAAGUGGCAUGGCAAUUGACCUCUACUAUACAUCGAUCUAUUUAAUUUUUCUUCAAUUUGUCAUCAGUGGAAUGUUUUUUUUUCUGUUUCUUAAUUAUUAUUUACACCAUAGCAAAAUAAUUGUUUCAUGUAUUAAACAUUUAAUGAAAAAAUCAAUAACAAUCACAAUAUAAUAGACACGAAUAAUUGAGUUUUUUUAUCGAAUGUCUGAAGAAUUUCCUGUUUUUCUAUUUGCAAAAAUAUUCUGAAUGGUUUCUGAGGGGUUGGUUUAUUUUGUGGAUUUUUGAUUGACCGUUCAUACAAAUUUUUUCCCUUGUUCAUUUAUUCUUGUUCGAUCAGUUGAUCAUAUGAUACACUCGAAUUUUUUUUUCAUUCAGAACGACAAAAUGAAAUUGAAUUUGCAGAAUAAAACAUUUACCAUAGGAAUAAAUGGGAAUCCACCAUUCUCAAUGUUCUCAACAUCAUCUUUAAAAUUAACUCUUGGAUCUGAAGCAUUUUUAUUGAGACGCUUGGUUCGUAUUUCAAUUUCUCAUAUCGAUUGGUCGACUGUGGACUAUCAUGGGGUAUGAAAUAUCCAAAUGGUUCUUGGGAUGGAAUGAUUGGCCUAUUGAUUGAUAAAAAAAUCGACAUUGGAAUCGGUGGCACGUUGGUUGAUUUUGAUCGUUGGAAAGCCGUUUCGUUUCUAUAUCCACAAACUACAACUUCUAUUACAUUUGUGACUGCAGCUCCUUCUCGAAUUCUAUCCAGCCAUAAUUUGAUUUUUCAACCAUUUCCUCUUUUCGUUUGGCUAUCAUUUCUGAUUACAUUGUUUGUCUGUUAUGUAUUCGAUCAUGUACAACGAAAAUUCAAUCAAAAUAAAAUAAAUCUUUUCUGGAUAAGUUUGGUGCAAUUGUUUCAUCAGGAUUCAUUCCAUAGAAUGAAUGUUCCACGUCAUAUAUCAAUUUACAUAAUUUUAUGGAAUUUUGGAUCAUUUAUACUUACAAUUGCCUAUGCGGGAUGUCUUUAUUCGAUGAUUGCAGUUCCAUCAUAUUCGAAAACUAUCGAUACUGCCAAUCAACUAUAUACGGAAAUUAAAUCGGGUCGUAUCAUUAUAACAAGUUUUAAUUCUUCUCAAUAUGUGAAUUUUUACAGGGAUUGGCUCGGCGAUGUUUUUAUUGAGUAUUGGAAACCCGUUAACUUAACAAGGGAUGGUUUCAAACUGAUAAAAAAUUCAAGAUUGCCACAUGCCCACAUUGGUCUACGAGGAACACUUCGAUAUGGUGUAUCAAAUUUUGGUGAAAAAUAUUUAUAUUUAUCCCAAAGACCUGAGUCUUCACUUUUUACUGAAAUUAUUGGCAUUCCUGUCCGUCCCGGUUUCUUAUAUUACGACAUAUUUAAUCGAGCACAAAUACGUCUAUUCACUAAUGGAUUGAUGAAUCUUUGGGCAAAUGGAUUAUUAUGAUGUAUUGAGAAAAAAAAAUAUCGCUUACAAAAUUAGCUACUUAUCUGCUUACGAACCAAAAGCAUUU